ACUGAAUAAGUAGGGGUAGUGCUCAUAUUACUGUCUCAUUGUAACUGGGCAGUGCCGAACGGGUUCUUCUUUCAGUCCAUUUAUUUGAUUCAGAGCGAGAAAAAUGAGGGAGAUCGUUCAUCUGCAAGCUGGACAAUGCGGCAACCAGAUUGGUGCCAAGUUCUGGGAAGUGAUCAGUGAUGAGCAUGGUAUUGACCCAACUGGCAGUUACCAUGGCGACAGUGAUCUUCAGCUGGACAGGAUUAAUGUCUACUACAAUGAGGCCUCAGGUGGCAAGUAUGUCCCCCGUGCUGUGCUGGUGGACUUGGAGCCAGGUACCAUGGACUCUGUGAGGUCUGGACCUUUUGGUCAGAUUUUCAGGCCCGACAACUUUGUCUUCGGCCAGAGUGGUGCUGGUAAUAACUGGGCUAAAGGCCACUACACAGAAGGAGCUGAGCUGGUGGACUCUGUUCUAGAUGUGGUCCGCAAGGAGGCUGAAAGCUGCGACUGCCUGCAGGGCUUCCAGCUCACUCACUCCCUGGGUGGUGGCACUGGGUCUGGUAUGGGCACCCUCCUUAUCAGCAAGAUCCGUGAGGAGUAUCCAGACCGUAUCAUGAACACCUUCAGUGUUGUACCAUCACCUAAAGUCUCUGACACAGUGGUGGAGCCAUACAACGCCACGCUGUCUGUCCACCAGCUGGUAGAAAACACAGAUGAGACGUACUGCAUCGACAACGAAGCACUGUACGACAUCUGCUUCCGCACACUCAAGCUCACAACACCCACAUAUGGUGAUCUCAACCAUCUCGUCUCUGCCACCAUGAGCGGCGUCACCACCUGCCUGAGGUUCCCUGGUCAGCUCAAUGCUGAUCUGCGCAAACUGGCGGUGAACAUGGUGCCGUUCCCCCGUCUGCACUUUUUCAUGCCCGGCUUUGCCCCUCUGACCAGCAGAGGUAGCCAGCAGUACCGUGCCCUCACAGUUCCAGAGCUCACACAGCAAAUGUUUGAUGCCAAAAACAUGAUGGCUGCCUGCGAUCCACGUCACGGUCGUUACCUUACCGUUGCAGCCGUCUUCCGUGGCCGCAUGUCAAUGAAGGAGGUGGACGAGCAGAUGCUGAAUGUGCAGAACAAGAACAGCAGCUACUUCGUUGAAUGGAUCCCCAACAACGUCAAGACUGCCGUCUGCGACAUUCCACCCCGUGGCCUCAAGAUGGCUGCCACCUUCAUUGGCAACAGCACUGCAAUCCAGGAGCUCUUCAAGCGCAUCUCUGAGCAGUUCACAGCCAUGUUCAGGCGCAAGGCUUUCCUGCAUUGGUACACGGGCGAGGGCAUGGAUGAGAUGGAAUUCACAGAAGCAGAAAGCAACAUGAAUGACCUUGUGUCUGAGUACCAGCAGUACCAGGAUGCUACUGCAGAGGAGGAAGGAGAGUUUGAGGAGGAGGGAGAGGAGGAGCUGGCUUAAAUUGAUUUGUCAGUCAUAUUUUUCCAUGUUUUUCCUUUCAGAACUUUCCUUUUUUUUGUCACUCUCACUGUGUUCGUCACUUGCACUCUAAGAUGUACCUUUGUAAUAUCAAUAAAAUAUGCAGAAGAUUAA